AUGGCAGAUUUGGGGGUCUGGGUGGUGGAUCUGGGGGUCUGGGUGGUCUCCAACCCCAUUAACCCAUAUUGGGUGGUGGAUCUGGGGGUCUCGGUGGUGGAUCUCAGGCCCCCCUCGCCCACCCCCACCACCCCCACCCCCAACACCAACACCACCACCACCUCCACUCCGCCUCCGCACCGCUCGGGCCUGACCGACCCCUUCUUCCUGGUGGAGACCAUCUGCAUCUGCUGGUUCUCUCUGGAGCUGCUGGUGCGCCUGGUGGCCAGCCCCAGCAAGGCGGCCUUCUUCCGCAGCGCCAUGAACCUCAUCGACCUGGCGGCCAUCGCGCCCUACUUCAUCGCGCUGGGCACGGAGCUGGCGCGGCAGCGCGGCAUCGGCCAGCCCGCCAUGUCGCUGGCCGUGCUCCGCGUCAUCCGCCUGGUGCGCGUCUUCCGCGUCUUCAAACUGUCGCGCCACUCCACCGGCCUGCAGAUCCUGGGCCAGACCCUCAAGGCCAGCAUGAGGGAGCUGGGCCUGCUCAUCUUCUUCCUCCUCAUCGGCGUGGUGCUCUUCUCCAGCGCCGUGUACUUCGCCGAGGCCGAGGACGCCGCCACGGCCUUCACGUCCAUCCCGCAGGCCUUCUGGUGGGCCGUGGUCACCAUGACCACGGUGGGCUACGGGGACAUGGCGCCCGUGACGGUGGGCGGGAAGCUGGUGGGCUCGCUGUGCGCCAUCGCCGGCGUGCUCACCAUCUCGCUGCCCGUGCCCGUCAUCGUCUCCAACUUCUCCUACUUCUACCGGCGGGAGCUGCGCGGCGAGGAGGGCGGGGCGGUGGUGCCGGCCUCGCCAUGCCCACACCACCCCGAGGGCCCCGGGGACGCCGCCGAGAGCCCCAAGGAGGGCGGGGGGCGCCAGGAGGGCUGGGGGGUGGACGGGGAGGCGGGGGGGGGCGACAAGGGCUGGGCAGGGGGGAGGUUGGUGACCGAGGUGUGA